UCGAGUUUUCAUUGGACGAAUCUUCGCUCCAACUUCGAAGUGACCAAUCAGAGUGCAGCAUUCCCUACCUUGGGCUUGCGCGGCCCUUUGCAUAAGUAGCGUGGGCAUAGGGAAUUUGUACAGGCUGUCUAUCUAGCGUCGUGCAUUGGGUGCAUACAUAGGUUUACCAUACAUAUCACGCACUGUGUAUUACAUCCGUACUGCACUGCGAUAGCGUCUCUACACUGAUUCACUAAAAAAGAUCCUUCGCCCAGCGUAAACAACAUCUGAGAGAUUUCCAAGAUGGGAAGAAAAGAUCCCAACAAGCCCAAGGGGCGUAUGUCGUCUUAUGCGUUCUUUGUCCAGUUCUGUCGAGAGGAGCACAAAGAGCGCAACCCGGGCCAGUCCGUCAACUUCACCCAGUUCUCCAAGAAGUGCUCAGAGAGAUGGAAGACCAUGGAUGAUGGCGAGAAGAAGAGGUUCCUUGAGUGUGCAGACUGCGACAAGAUGCGUUAUGAACGGGAGAUGGCCCGCUACGUGCCACCCAAGGGCACCAAGAAGAGGGGACGCAGAAAGAGAAAGGACCCCAACGCGCCCAAACGCAACCUGUCAGCUUUCUUCCUGUUCAGCAACGAUGAGCGAUCCAAAGUGAAGGCUGUCCACCCUGACUGGGGCAUCGGUAAGAUUGCCCAGGUGUUGGCAGAGCAGUGGAGAAAUGUGUCGGCAUCCCAGCGGGCCAAGUAUGACAAGGCUGCUGUACAAGACAAGGAGCGAUAUGUCAAGGCGAUGGCAGAGUACAAAGCCAAGCCAGUAAAGAAGAAGAGCUCCUCCAGUUCCUCCUCCUCUUCCUCCUCCAGCUCCAGCUCAAGUAGCUCCAGCUCCAGCGACGAGGAGUAAACCUCAGCACCACCCUAACAAACCACCGAUUCUCCGGACUAUCAUGUCUGAUCAGAACAAACAGCCUUCAAUUUGAUUCAGGACCUCAUUUAAGUUCAUUUCAAUCAUCAGUCACAUGCAACAUGAGUCAUUAGCCUUCUUAAGAUAUGGCAGGUACAAGAGGAGGGGAGGGUGCUAGUUACAGGGGUAAGAUUGGAUAAACAAGGGUGAAACUUGUCAGGAUUUUUUCUGAACUCAGGAUUUUUCCUGAUUUCAGGAUUUUUAAAGCAUCCCUUUUGAAAUCUGGAAUCCCUGAGGUUUUACCGUAAAGGUGUUUUUACCUAUGAAAGUUUAAAUAGAACAAAAGAAAUGGGUAUUGUAAGGGGUGCCUUCAGGCAACAAAAAAAAACACUGGGGCCUUCAGCAACCCUCAAACCCCUUGCUGAUUAUUUCGUGCAUUUUCGUUUUCCCCUAAAUCUCAACUCCUGGUAAUAACAAAAGAGUUUGCCCACUCUACAUAUAUGUAGUGCCCUUCUAUUGGGUCCACAGUAUCUCAAAAAGGCUAAUUCAAAAACAAGGCAUACUGGCACUGGGUCGUGCUGUUUUCAUAUUUUUGUUCAAACACCAGUGAGCAUAAACUUAUUAUGUAGCAGUAGCACUCAACGUGACAAUUUCAGUUGCAUGUCAACAUGAACCACUGGAAAGUGGAAAAAAAAUUAAAGUGAUUUUGGGGUUAUCAAAAAGAAAACAAAAUUGGCAUGCCUGGAUAGGUAGGUGCAGUGGAUGGGUGUCACUCACAUAUUUUUAUGUGGUUUGGACUUGUUUUCUACCUCAUAAAUAAAUUCUGCUUUACGAAUUCGAUCCAAAAAUGAGUUGUGGCAAACAAGAAGGUGAAACCAAAAUGCCAAGAGCACAGUGAUACAUGUACCAAGAUGGAAGAUACUUUGAAACUGAAGUCCUGUAAAUUGUAAAGAAUCCUCUGAAAUGUUGACAAUCUUGUAGCAGUUGAUGAACCCUGGUACAGCAAUAUGCCUACAAAAAAAAUUGUGGUAAAAAGUAAAUGUCAGAAAUAUUUUUGCGUAAUCUCCUGCAGCAUUUAUAAUCUAGACAUAAAUUCAGGCUUAUGGGCCGGUUCACACAUUCAUUCAAAUGUGAAGUGAUUUUUGUUGACGUCACAAAAUAUUCGCUGUGAAAAACGUUCAACUCUUGUAAAUUCUCGAUGCGAAAGCUUUCCAUGAUGUCACAAGUUCGCGAUCACUUUUGCGCUGAGUAAAAACUGAUUUUUAAUGUGAAUUAUUAAAUGGCUGUAGUCCUGUAAUUAUUGUUCACAUUGUGUACUGAUUUGCUUCAAUUCAGUGAACAGAAUAUGUCCUGUUUGCACAUACGAGUCUAGAUUAAUUAACAUGGCACCCACACAAGUUGCAUGUUAUUGAAAUAACCGUAGACCAAUUUUUUUGGUAGAAGUGGAAACUUAAAAUUUUGGAAGAUUGAGUGGACCAACCGUCCUAGUUAAGGUCAUGUGUUUAACGUCUGAUUAUAUUUUUCAAAGAUUAAGAGAGAAGAUUCAAAUAUUCAUCAGCUUGGGACAUGCGUCCUUUUACUUGUUUGUGAGAUUCUUGUGUGUGUUUUUAAACUGUAUGGCUUGUAAAUUGCAUUUUAAUGGGAUAGUGAUUUCCAACAGUGUUUUGGACCUUAAAGGUUUAUUUAAAAAUUGGUAGUCUGCAGACCUAUGCCCUGGCAAAACAAGCUUUGAACGCCAACUAGUUUGCAACGACUCUGUUGCUGUUAUGCUAUAAGAGGGUUGACCCUCAUUGCAUCUUACACUGUAUCGUUUCCCUCUGGAGAAAUCUCAGUAAAUAAUUAGGAUAAGUUGGGAACAAAUUUAUAUGCAGUGGGCUCAUUGUAUCAGGUGCUAGUUGCAGACCUCUGAUCAACUCCUCCAGAAUCUUCUAGCAAUGAAGUUAUCAGUUAAGUUAACAAUGUUGAAAACUUAAUAGUGGGAAUAUUCCAGCAAAUUAUUCCGAUUUACCCAUUAUAAUGCGUAAAUUUUCAACAGCAAUUGCUGGACUCGCCAAUACUGAUAACUUCAUUGCGGAAAGAUUGCGGGGGAAGUUGUUCAGAGUCAUGCAGCUUAAAACCCGAUACAAUGUCCGCAACUUGUCCGCAACUCGUCCUGAAUAUGAAUUGAGACAGGCGUAAACAGGUCUAGAACACUGGUGAAGUACUUACAUUCAUUUUAUUAGUGCCAAAAAAAAAUGGUCAGCUCCAGUCAAGUUCUUGUAUAACUGAUUAACUUCUCUUUUUUGUGUGUCUUGCUUUCUUUACAACCUCUGAUAUCAUUGUUUAAGUUUGUGAUUUAAAAAGAAUAAAAAUCCUGAGACUCUUUGAUUGCUGAAAAGGGAAUGGCUUGGCCAAGGAUGAGGGGAUGCAUGUAAACAAAGAAGGAAGAACCCGCUACUGAAGUGUGAAAGAACUUGACUGAUGGAGUUGUCAUUUUAAAAAAAUACUGUUUGCAUUUGUGUGUAUAAUAAGCCGUAUUAUUCCAACUGAUUAUCUUCACUCUGCUGUGUUAAGUGUUUAGAUGCUGCUUCUAAUAUUCGCGAUACAUUUUAAGAGUAAACAUUUGUCCAUGAUUUCCAAAA